AUGGUGACAAUCAAGGCCACAUGGGUUUCCCUUUUCACUCUCGCGGUGAUUCUCCUUAUGAUCCUAGUCCCGGUGGCAGAAGCAGUGACAUGCUCUCCAAUGCAGCUAAGCCCAUGUGCGUCGGCAAUAACGUCUUCUUCUCAACCUUCAGCGUUGUGCUGCGCGAAGCUGAAGGAGCAGAAGCCAUGCCUAUGUGGGUACAUGAGAAACCCUAGCCUCCGUCGCUUCGUCAGCUCUCCCAACGCUCGUAAAGUCUCCAACCGCUGCAAGCUCCCCAUACCAAGGUGUUGA